UCCGGUGACGGAGUGUAGCACACGGUGCCUCAGCUAAGGAGUGAAUUCGGUUUAUUUGUAUGCUACUUACUCAAACAUAGUUUUUCAGUUAAUACAGAUGUUACGUGUAAGUUACGUCGCUUGGUCCACGUUUGAAGAGAGAAAAAUACAUUCAUCUCAACUGUAAACGCUGUUCAAUCUAGCUAACUUAGUUAGCUGUCAAAGAAGGCUGACAGUUGUAAUUCAUAAUGGCCCCAGAGCUAACUGCUCGGUCUUUCUGUCAGCAUGGAGUCUGAGAACCAGGUGCUGAUGAAGGAGUACGUAAAGAUGAUGACUGAUAUGAUCGUGCUGUGUGCCACCCUGGCCCUCUCCCUCUUCUUCUGGGUCAUCUCUCUCACCAUCAGCACCUACUACGGGACACUGCAGCCUGUGUCGCCGUGGCGAUGGCUGUUCUCCAUCUUGAUUCCUCUCGUUCUGACGGCCAGGGCGCUGAAGAGACGCAGUCUGGACCGCUCAGGAGCACUGGGAGCUCUCCUCGUUGGCUUCGUGUUGACGAUGGCCAACUACAGCUUCUUGUCCUCUCUGCUGGCCUUCUUCAUCACCUCCUCCAGACUGACCCGCUGGGGAGGAGCGCAGAAGAAGAAAAUAGACGCCGAGUACAAAGAAGGGGGGCAGAGGAACUGGGUCCAGGUCUUCUGUAAUGGAGGAGUUCCCACAGAGCUGGCGCUGCUUUACAUGAUUGAGGUGGGUCCAGGCGAGAUCCCUGUUGAUUUCAGUAAGCAGUACUCCGCCUCCUGGAUGUGCCUCGCUCUAGUGGGAGCGCUGGCCUGCAGCUCUGGGGACACCUGGGCGUCAGAGGUGGGGCCUGUCCUCAGCCAAUCACAGCCAAGACUCAUCACCACCUGGGAGGAAGUCCCAGCAGGAACAAACGGAGGGGUCACUCCCAUCGGAUUGGCCGCCAGCUUCCUGGGCGGACUCGCGGUGGGCGUGGCUUACUUUGUAACACAGCUCCUGUUGGUCAGCGACCUGCACGCGGCGGACCCUCAGUGGCCGAUCAUGGUGUACGGCGGCAUGGCCGGCCUGCUGGGAUCCAUGCUGGACUCCUUCCUGGGGGCUCACAUGCAGUAUUCAGGCUUUGACUCCAGCAUCGGGAAGGUGGUCUGUUACGAGUCCGCCACCACCCGGCGGAUCUGUGGGAAACCCAUCUUAGACAACAACGCGGUCAACCUGUUCUCCUCCGUCCUCAUCGCGCUCAUCCUGCCCGGGCUGGCGUGGGGGAUGUGGCCGCGAUAGACAGACGAACAGCGUGGAGCGACGGACUGAUCAGAACAAUCUGAGGUUUUCUGAGACAUAUGACUACUUUACUACAUAUUUCACACUCUCUCUCUCACACACACACACACACACACACAGCCUGUAUUGUUAUGUGUUGUUAGACUUUGAUCAUGAUGAAGACUCUUUGGAAGAAAAUGAAGAGGAAAGGAAGGAAAAGUCCACGAUGUCCUGCAGGUGACUGCACAUGCACAUUGGUGAGCUAAGUGAGCAUAAAAACCAGAACACCUGCUCGACUGAAGGCCUCAGCAGGCUUCAGACUUAGAGCUGGUCUAUCAACCGCAGCACCGUGAAUACCUUUGAACAGACACAACCUUACUCACCUGUAUCGCUGUAAACCAGGUGAAGCAGACUGACGCAGCUGCUCUGCAUGAAGAGGACGGAGCAGCAGGUGAACAUGAGGCUGAGGACGGUCUAUAAACACACGGCUGUUGGACAGCCGGUCAUGCUGGAGCCUAAAGCCUCGUGGAGAUUCACUGAAUAAUCUGAACUUUGCUUCAAAUGUCUCUGACGGAAAGAACCGUGAGCCUGAAACUGAACAAUCUGCGUACGACACCUGAUGAAGUCCAAAACAAACAACCACAAAGAGACACAAAAUAACCACUAAAAGACAAUAAUAAUGACCACAAACCAUUUUGUGUGUCACUCUUUGUAGGAGCUGGGGGUCUUUCACUUGUCUGUGUCCAGGGGCCACAGUCUUAUAAUGGCUGUAGGAUAUCUGGAGUUACAAACAGCAGCCAUCCUUUCAUAUCAAUUCAUAAUAAAACUUUAAAGCAGUUUAAUUGGCAUUCGUUUAUUUCACUGAAUAAAUCAUUCAAGUAUAAAUCCUAGUUUAUCAUCGCAGAGACUUCAAAAUUUUCCUCUUAUUUAACAGCUGUGCUGCAGUCUGACCUCCAUUCAGAAGUUCCUUGGAAAAAAGUCUAAUUUCCCAAUUAAUUAAAAAAGAAACCCACACAGUUUAAAAACUGUUCAGUGACCUCGUUUCGCAUUUUAAAUUUGAGCUGGUUCGUGCUCGUUGAAUGAAGUGUUUCAGUAUGUAUGUCUCAUGCUCUAAAAGGAGUCUGCUUCACAGGAUGAAUUCACAUUUCUCUCAGCUCUGCACGCACUGGAAAACUGGAAAGCCAUUUUCUGCCAUUGAUGUGCUAAUAAACUGGCCAUA